AUGGAUCCACAUUUUCCACUUAUUGCAUUCAAUCAUGAACAAAUACAACAAAGUACGACUGGAGGUUAUCUUACAACCAAAAAGUCCUCAUUUGAUUCAGUAACUGAACGCUUGCUUAACCUUGAUAUGCAAGUUAUAUCUAGCAUAAACAAAAGACUUGCUUCAGAUGAAUGA